GUACAGUCUCACUCAGGCUGGAUCUGUCAGAUCUGCACAUUCUGCCUGACAGACACUGAAGACACUGAUCAACCCUCAUGAUCUUGGCAGAACUGAUAAACAGAAACAAAUGGAGUAGAAGAAGAAUACAAAAGUAGAGAUACCAGUUAACUGAAACUGGUUCUCAUUGAUUGCCAUCUGAUACAAUGUUGGAGUGACGUUGGAGCUGUGGUGACAGCAGAAUGAAGGAUGUUCUUCUGACACCUGACUGAUGCUUCACUCCCUGCCGCUCAACAUGUAAUCUCACUGGAUCACGUAGACGUGGAUCCCAAAGCUAAUACUUCUGUGGGGGUCCUCCUGUAACCAUGGCGUCCCGAGUGAAGCAGCCACCAGGGCGUGGCCUGUCCUCUUUCUUUCCUUGCUGCUUCAAAGGAGAUGAUCAACCAGAGAUCACCUACUGCCAUGAUAAUGUUGUGUCAGCACUGGAGCCCACCCUGCCCAUGCCUCCUCUUCAAGAACUGGACUCUAUGUUCACUGAGCUGGUGGAUGAACUGGACCUUACAGAGGAGAACAGGGCUGCCAUGUUUUCUUUACCAGCAGAGAAGAAAUGGAACCUCUACUGCAGUAAGAAAAUGGAGGCCGAGGAAAAUAAAGGAGCAACUACCUGGCCAGAGUAUUAUAUUGAUCAGCUCAGGUCCAUGGCUGCGAGGAAAUCACUGCUGACACUGGAAAAUGAGGAUGAGCAGGGAAGACUUAAAAUCGUUGAUGGUCUUAAAACGGCCCUGAGGACACAACCGAUGAGGUUUGUGACACGAUUCAUCGACUUGGAUGGCCUGUCUUGUAUCCUGAAUUUCCUCAAAACAAUGGAUUACGAGACUACCGAGUCUCACAUCCACACCUCACUGAUCGGCUGCAUCAAGGCUCUGAUGAACAAUUCUCAGGGUAGAGCUCACGUCCUGGGUCACUGUGAGAGCAUUAACAUCAUUGCACAAAGUCUUGCCACUGAAAACAUCAAGACAAAGGUUGCAGUGUUAGAGAUCCUCGGAGCAGUGUGUUUGGUGCCAGGAGGCCAUAAGAAAGUACUAGAAGCUAUGAUACACUACCAGAAGUUUGCUUCUGAGAGAACACGUUUUCAGACCCUGCUGACAGACUUGGACAGAUCCACAGGCCGCUACAGAGAUGAAGUCAAUCUGAAGACCGCCAUCAUGUCCUUCAUCAAUGCUGUGCUCAGCCAGGGAGCAGGAGAGACCAGUCUGGAGUUCCGUAUCCAUUUACGCUACGAGUUCCUGAUGUUGGGCAUCCAGCCAAUCAUCGACAAACUACAUUCCCAUGAAAAUGCCACGCUGGACAGACACCUGGACUUUUUCGAGAUGUUGAGGAAUGAAGAUGAGCUAAUGAUCUCCAAACAAUUUGAUGCUGUCCAUAUAGAAACUAAAAGUGCCAGCCAGAUGUUUGAGCUGAUCAAGAAGAAGCUGAACCACACGGAAGCUUACCCUCACCUCCUGUCCGCACUACAGCACUGUCUCAUGAUUCCAUACAAGCAGAACAACAACACACUUCAGUACUGGGUAUUGUUGGACCGGAUAAUUCAGCAGCUGGUGCUGCAGACGGACAAAGGUGAAAACCCUGAUGCUGCUCCAUUAGAGGACUUCAAUGUUAAGAAUAUAAUUCGCAUGCUCAUCAAGGAGAAUGAGGUCAAACAAUGGAAAGAUCAAGCAGAUAAAAUGAGAAAAGAUCACCAGAACUUACAGCAGCGUUUGGAAAAGAAAGAGAGGGAGUGUGAUGCCAAAAAUAAGGAGAAAGAAGACAUGAUGGCAAUGCUGAACAAGAUGAAAGACAAACUGGAGCGAGAGACCAAUGAACACAAGCAAGCCAAACUUCAAGUGGCAGAAUUGUCAGCUCGGCUGCAGCAUGGAAGCUCUACUUCCAGUGUUCCAGGGGGACCUCCUGACACUUCUGGUAUUAUAGCUCCAUCCAUUUCCUUUCCUCCUCCUCCUCCACCACCACCACCUCCUCCUCCUCCACCAGAUGGUCCACCUGCUUUUGGCAAAGUUCCUUUAGCUCCUCCUCCUCCAGGAGUGCCACUGGUUACUGCACACAAGAGGAACAUUCCUCAGCCAUCUAAUCCAAUGAAGUCAUUCAACUGGAGCAAACUGCCUCAGAGCAAGACAGAUGGAACCAUAUGGACAGAGAUGGAUGAUCUGAAAGUGUUUAAAAAUCUAGAUCUAGAGGAGUUCCAGAGGACCUUCUCAGCUUACCAAAGGCCACAGAAAGAUACUGAAGAUGAUCGUACUGUUGCUAAGAAGGUGAAGGAGCUGUCAGUAAUCGAUGGACGGCGGGCACAGAACUGCAAUAUCCUGCUCUCGAGGCUGAAGCUGACCAAUGAGGAGAUCCGCCAUGCCAUCCUGAACAUGGAUGAACAGGAGGAUUUACCUAAAGACAUGCUGGAGCAGCUUUUAAAGUAUGUUCCUGAGAAGAGUGACAUUGAACUGUUGGAAGAACACAAGCAUGAGCUGGACCGUAUGGCCAGAUCUGACCGCUUCCUGUAUGACAUGAGCAGAAUCAACCACUAUCAGCAGAGACUGCAUACGCUCUACUUCAAGAAGAAGUUUGCAGAAAGAGUGGCUGAGGUCAAGCCAAAAAUAAAAGCUCUGUGCCUGGCAUCCCGAGAGGUGUUGCAGAGUGAGCGACUGCGUCAACUCCUCGAGGUGGUUCUGGCCUUUGGGAACUACAUGAACAAAGGACAACGAGGAAAUGCCUAUGGAUUUAAAGUCUCCAGUCUGAACAAAUUAGCUGACACCAAGUCAAGCAUAGACAGAAACGUCAGUCUGCUUCACUACAUGAUCUCCGUACUGGAGAAGAAGUUUCCAAAGCUGGUGACCUUCGGUGACGAGCUACAGAAUGUGCCAGAAGCUGCUAAAGUCAAUAUGACAGAGUUGGAGAAGGACAUUGGAAAUCUGAGGUCUGGCCUAAAGAGUAUUGAGGCAGAGCUGCAGUUCCAGCAGGCUCAGUCCUCUCACUCUCCUGCUGAUAGGUUUGUCCCUGUGGUCAGUCAGUUCAUCACUGUGGCCUCAUUCAGCUUCUCUGAGGUAGAGGAGUCACUCACUGAGGCCAAGGAAUUGUUUGGGAAAGCACUGAGACACUUUGGAGAGGACUCCUCCAAGCUGCUGCCAGACGAGUUCUUUAGGAUCUUCGACACUUUCCUCACAGCUUUCUCCGAGGCCAAACAUGACAACCAGAACAUGGCCAGGUCCAAGGAGGAGGAGGAGAAAAGGGCACUCAUGGAGGCACAGCUGAAGAGAGACAGAGAGCAGAAGACCAAGAAAUCUGAAGCAAACAAAGAAGAGGGCGAGUUUGACGACUUGGUGUCAGCUCUGCGCUCUGGAGAGGUGUUUGACAGGGACAUGUCCAAAAUGAACCGCAGGAAACAGCGCACGCACAACUUGUUCGAAAACAGCCGGGAGAGGCCUAUUGGAAAACUGAACUAAUACCAGGAAACAAUUGUUUUAACUUCAAAUGUAUGAGGCACUGACUAUGCUGAGCAUAGUCGCUGUUCAGCUUCAGACACAGAGGCUCACACUCAGUGGAAACAUGGCUACUAGUGGUGACACAAAGAAAAACAGAUUUUAACGUCUUAAUAAAAGAUGCCUAGCCUAGCUUAAGGGGCUGUACACACAAAAACAAGUUAAGGCUAAUCCACUUAAGUUGUUUUUAUUGUAUCAGCACUUUAUCCAUUUGAAAACAGGUCAGAGAGUGGGAAAAUCUCUACUUUGAGAAAAUCCUGAUGUCAUAGUUCCACCUCUCCCUCUUGCUGUCUUUGCUGUCGUCUUUUGCAGUUUUCCUUUUCGUGGUUGUGCUGGCUUUCUUCAUUCUAUCUGUGUUUGUAUGCAUUUGAAUGUUUACUUGUCCGCGCACGCUCCACACAACAUGUUCUCUGUUUUUGGUGUAGCGGUGUUACGCCACGUAGAGGCCUGGCAUAUGUACUAUAGAGUCAUUUCGGGGGUUUCAUGUGGAUGAAGAUAUUUCUUGAAAUGAUACCGCGUUAAUGGAAAGCUUUUAAAAUGACAAACUCCAUGCAAAAAAAUGUGCCAACCUGGGUCUUGCAAAGACAAGAACUAACCACUACACCAACUGUGUGUUCCCACAGAUAUACCAUAACAUCAGUGAUCUGUUUUGUUUAUUCAAGUAAAAGUGUUUGUUUUUUGUUUCA